AUGAAGGUGAACCCACUGCCAUCCGUGUCCGACGAGGUCAAGGUGAACAUCGUGGUGGUGAAGGUCCCAGCCGAGUUCGUGAGCGCGAGCGUGGUCGCGUCCGUGGACUUGGUAAUGCUGGCCCCUCCAUCGGUCACGGUCAAGCCUCCGGCCGUGAUCGUUGCCCCACCGUUCUCAACUUUUAACCCGCCCGAUGUAAUCGUGGAUGGUCACCGCGGCGGGCGCCACCAUGCGGCCACCUUGAAGACGGACGUGGGGGUGGCGCCGGCCUUGGCGUCGAUGAAGGUGAACCCACUGCCAUCCGUGUCCGACGAGGUCAAGGUGAACAUCGUGGUGGUGAAGGUCCCAGCCGAGUUCGUGAGCGCGAGCGUGGUCGCGUCCGUGGACUUGGUAAUGCUGGCCCCUCCAUCGGUCACGGUCAAGCCUCCGGCCGUGAUCGUUGCCCCACCGUUCUCAACUUUUAA